CUAGCUUUGUCUACUUCCGCUCUCCUCCUCCCCAUGUCCCUGCCACGACGCGUCGUUGCGAUGCUUCUCGCCCUCAUCGUUCACCACGGCGCGAGACCGGCAACCCCGUCCUCAGCUGCGGACACACAGUAGUUAGCAUCCCGCAAACCCUUGUUCAUGGGUUGAUGCGGAGUGCUGGUACUCCCAGCCCGACCUGUGCGACGUUGAACGUGCGCCCCGAACCGAACAGAAUACUGCAGCUGCGAAAACUUCGCGCCAUAAACAAGCCUCCGCUCCGUUCUCGCGCCUGAAGGACGUCUCUUCUGCUUACUCCGCCUCACACUCGACCAUGCUGUCCUCGUAACCGACUCCGACUUCUGCCUUGUGCACCAGAACACGUUCUCGUCUGCAUGCACCUAUCAAGAUCAUGCUGAGGAACACGACCACGAGCACUUGACGUACAUACAUGGUCCAUGACACGUCUCGCCUGAAUUCUUUCUUCCCGUCCUUCGACAUCUACACUCGCUUUUAACCAUGGCCUGGAUCUGGUCUCACCACGUUGAUCGAUCGUCCUUGGUCUUUUACUCCACCACAUUUCUGGCCUUCAUUGCCAAGUUCAUUACCAUUGCCACCACCACCACGCUCGCUACUACAGCAUUGCUCGGCAGAUCGAUAUUUGCUUUGGGGAUUACUGCUUCGGUCUUCGAAAUUAUUGCCCUGGCUGCACUUCUGGUCGCUGUCGGACUCUUUCUCCGCAGGGUUGAUCGUGGCUCUCUCGUACUCGUAUGGAUACCUGGUGCACUUGUCUGUUUGGUCGGAUCUGUCUUGGCCUUGAUUACUUCUGCCCACGCACGUUCUCUCAACCACGGCGACGAUUACAAUGACGAUCGCUAUGUUCGUCAUUUGGCUGAAGCCGGCCUGGUCGCCACAUCAAUCGGUUUAGUGACACAAAUAUUCUUCUGGGGCAUGAUUUGGCCUCGCAACGCGCAGCACAGCGUGCUUCCUACAAACGAUCAAUACCUACCAGAUCAACAAACUAAGCAACGAUCCGUCUCUGUCUAUCUCAAUGCGAUUGGUAUCAAGCAAUCGAGCUCUUUCUUUACGCCCAUCAAGGGAUCCUCAACACCAAUGUCGCCAACAUACCCCACAUUCCCCACCAAUGGAACGAACUCUUACAGAAGCUCAGUAUCAGAAUCACUUCAACCGAUGACUUCCAAGACGAGACUCAUCCUCCAAAGCCCUUUCGGCUCUCGAAGCUCCCGGGGUACCCAAGCAAGCACUGCAGUGGCCAUUCAUUCGAUCCGUAGCACCGACGAAUUCGAGAACUGGGACACUUCUCGCGUGAAGCACUCAUUCGAUACGUCGUACCAAAAGAAAUCUGCGAUACCACGACUGGAGCCGAUACCAGGUAGCCGGCCAGUCUCGCCAGCCCACGCUCUAGAAGGACCAUUUUCCAACGAGCCCGUGCUUGAAGACAAGCCACUUCCGGACUCUGUGGGGCAAUCGCCGAAGAUUUCACCAGUGGCGAUUGUCGAGGCCGAGAAGAGCCCAAUUCGAAGCCUACCACCUCUGCACACACGUCGCGGCAGCACGCCGAGCAUUGCCAGCCCAACCAGUCCGGCCGUUGAACACCACAUUCAUCCUUUGUUUCGUUCGGAGUCGCCUGUUCCGCCGCCACUGACAUCGCCCCGAACAGUGAUCACGGCCUCGCCUUACGGAGGACAAAUCUACUCGCCGGAGUUCGCCCUCCAAAGUCCGAGACUUCUUGGGUCCAGGGAAGGAAGUCGGCCUGCAAGCCCGGCGAUCCGAUCUCGCUCAGGCAGUACCACGAUUCCACCCUCACCCAUCGAGACUUCACAUGAGCCGCUCCCGGAGCGCAGCUUCUCAAGGCUGGCGGAGAAGCUUUCGCAAUCAGGUUCGCCGCAUGGCCCUAAUGGUUGAAAUGUCUUCGUUACAGAACGAACUAUGUUAACAGAGCAUGACACUCACUCGUCACCGCAACCGCCAAAGAAUGGUGGGAGCUUAGAUACUUUUCAGCCCGUGCAAUGGCAUCAGCCUUGUACGUACCAGACCCCAGCGCUCGAGCAGGACUCGCUGUGUGCUGAGGGAUAUCGUCGAGAAUUACGUCCUCUUGUGAAUUUGCAACCAAAGAGCACAGAAGCCAACCGUCGCUAGGAAGCGACAAGGAAGAGGGUACUGACCAGCUUGCUGGGAAUAGAUAGAGAGAUAGUGCCGCUGUUUAGGAUCGGCGCAAGGUGAAGGGACAAGAAACUCGAUGGCGAUGGGCAACAAAAAAGAAUGGAAGGGAUUACGCUUCACAGCUUUAUGACAGGACAAUGAUUAUGGAGAAAUGAAGCUUCUUGUGACGAUACGCAUAUAGUGUAUGCAGC